GUUCUCUGGAAGCAGCCCCAACGUGACAUGACAGUUCAUCUUCACAUCAUUCAUAUUGAACCAGCUAGAAAACAAAGCAAGUCAACUUAAUAGCUUUCAGCGCGCUUUCAGUUUUAUUGAACAUUUUUACUAAAUAAUUAUCUUAUAAAAAAUUGUUAAUAGCAAAUAAAAUGGAUGCUUUUAAAAACUCGCAUGAAAUACAAUUGCAAGUGCGCAAUAAUGCAGAGGAGAUGCGAAAUACACUCAAUGAUCUCUACAGUUGGGAACAGGAAAUGAAGGCCAAAGAAAAGGAGUUACAUCGAUGUCCAACUAACGUUGAAAAAGAAGAGCAAGUAAAUUUGCCAAUACGAAGUCAUAUUUUUGCAGAGAAACAACCUGCGCAGAAUAACAAACAGCAAAAACAACAACAGCCAAGUUCUAGAACAAACUCCGUUGCCAAGGAUAAUGAUAAUUCACCAUCGAGUUCUAGCGCUACAACACCCACGGAAAAAUUAGAGAAGCCGCUUGAUGCCAACGAGGAAAAACGUAAACAAGCUAAUGAAAUAAAGGAUAGGGGCAAUAAAAAUGUUAAGCUGGGAGAAUAUGAAAAAGCUAUUAAUGAAUACUCCACGGCAAUUGAUAUAUUUCCAGAGGAUCCAGUAUAUUUUUGCAAUCGCGCGUUGUGUUACUUAAAGUUGGAAAGAUAUAAUGAAUGCAUUGAAGAUUGUGAACAAGCCAUAGAAAUCGACAGUUUAUCCGUUAAGGCAUACUAUCGGCGCAUGCAAGCGAAUGAGUGUUUGGGCAACGAUAUGGAUGCACUUAAAGAUUGUACGACUGUGCUCAUGAUCGAACCUAAAAAUAAAGAAGCAAAUAAAAGUUUAGAGCGCAUCAAUGAAAGGUUACGAAAAAAUGUAAAAAGCGCCAAGGGUCCAAACUUUUGCAUGCCACGUGCUGACAUGAUUGACAUACUACCAAUCGACAAGCCGCCAUAUAAACGCUCAAGCAAACCGCUGCGACGUAUUCCCAUUGCUGAUGUGAUUGGCCCAAAAGAUACGAAAAAUUGUGAAAAUACUAAUUUGAAAAUCUCCGAUGAAGAUAUAGAUAAAUUGUUUAAUAGUAAUUGUGGUCCAUUUGUGGAAGUCAAGAAGUCGAAUAAUGCUGCCGCUGACAAAACGCCCGUCAAACCUGCUGCAGCUUUGAGUAAAGUAUCCACAGUUACGAAUAAAUUUAAUGAAAAUCAAAAUGCCAAAGAUGAUCAAAAAACCUCAGUGAUCGAAGUAAAUAAAUCUUGCGCGACGGCUGGCACGGAUGUGCAAUUACUGAGUGGAAACCGCCCCCUACCACCAACACCCACAUCUACAGCGCAAUUUUACUCGAAUUGGAAAGAAUUAACGCCUGCGCAAAAGUACAAGUACUUAAAGAGCAUUGAUGUGUCACAUUUACGUAAAGUUCUCGGCGCUGGUUUCGAUUCGGACACGCUAACGGACCUGCUACAUACACUGCGCGACUUUUACUUAGUGCAGAAGGAUGAAGGUAUCGCUAGCACACUAUUGGAAAUCAGUAAAAAUAAUCAAGUUGGAAUAUUAUCACUGCUCAUGUCAGCUAAUGAACGAAAAAUCAUUACCGAUAUCGUCAGCGCUAUCAAGGAGAGCAAAGAAAGUGGCAGCUUAGCUGAGCAAAUUCUCAAAAAUUUCAACUUACCUUAAACUUAAUUUCGUAUUAUGUAUUUGAUAAUAAUAUGUGUGCACGAGUAUUCAUGUUUUAAUUAGCACACAUAUUGUUUAAGAAAAUGUUUGUGUCUGCAGUGCAAAUGUAAACAUCACUACAAUAGUUAUCCUUACAAUAAAAUAAUUAUGGAAAUUCACUC